AAGAUCACUCGGGUCACACUCACACACCAUUGUUUACAUGUCGGCGGAGGGACCGAUAUCUUUGCGUCCUGCUGACAUUUCUUCAAGACGGAGGCCACACCACGCUGGAGUUAAUGAAGGUGCCCCCCACGUGCCCCCUGCCCCCAGUACCUUGAGUCACGUGUGUUCUGGAGCGACAGAAUGCUGGUGAUGGUGGCAUUCAGGAAGGUGAAGUCGGUGCUGCUGCUGCUGCUGACUCUGGUGCGCCGCUGUUUCUGCUGUCUGAGGAAGAGGCGCUACUCUGAGACUCACCUUCCUAUAGCUGUGUCCAUUGGCAGUGACAGUAGCCAUGGAGAAACUACACAGCAUCCUGAGGAAACCAUGGGUGGGUGGGACUCCUGGGACAUCCCGUCAUCAGUGGUGAGUGAUGGAGGUGGAUGGUCACAGCACCAGCCACAAGUGUCAUUCCUCCAGCAGCAGAUCAACCAGUACAGACUCAACCAGCAGAGGAAGCUUCAGGAAACUGAGGCAGAACCUGAACCUGAACCCAAUUACUUUGAGGACCUUGCACCGAGCAUAGAGAAGAAGCCGCAGGUUGUGAUACUGGAGCGCCCCGAGGAGGAGCAGCAGGUGUCCAACAGGCUGUCAAUAUCCCUGUCUGACCCCAUCCUUCAGUCCCCCGAGCUGGGUGACUGGGACGACUCUGGGGGUGGAUGGGAAGACGAGGCAGAAGAGGAGGAUGACAUUGAUGCAGUCCUGCGAGAGAAGCGACACCUGGAGAGGGAGAGGAGGAGACUGGAGCAGCAGAGACGCAAGGCUGAGAAGGAGGCAUUGCGCUCCAACAAACUCUCUGCUUCCAAGAUUGCCACCAAGCUGUCCUAGGAGUCCUGCCAUGCACCUGGUGGAGGAUGGAGGGGAAGGAUGUAGUGCAGAGCUUGGAGGUUUUAUUGCUCGUUCAUCCAUUGUUGUGUAUUAUGAAGCCAGCAGGGGUGCGGGUUCUCUCUGUCACAGGUGUCUUGGCCAAGUGUCUCUCUCUCAUGGCUUUUAGCUUAACUGUAGGCCAUUUUUCUACUGGUGGGGGACUGUCAUCGCUUCCUGAGGUAAUAAUGUUGAGUAUUUUUGCGUUAGUAGUUGUAUGUACUACUAGGCUUUUUGUUUAUUUGGUUAUUUGUGUUUUGGGGUUAAUUUGAUCAGGAUGUCUGACAAAUUUAUUUUAUUAUUAAUGGCUGUGUACUAUGCACUCUACCAUGCAUCUGUGUUGUGUAAGCCUUAAUUUGGACCAGCUCCUUGGAAAUAUGUGAAUACAGACACAUGCAUCUUUAUUGACACCACAUGUUUUCCAGUUUGAUUCCUGUGAGUCAGUUGCUGCAAGUCAGACUUUAUUACCGUGCCCAGUGAAAGCCAGGACUCCACACGAGAUUAGACAAAGAGGCCUUAACUGUCACGCUUCACCUGUAGACCGACCUCUCACUUGUCAGUGCAAUAAUAUAAAUACUAACCAGAGAAGCAGUAGUCAGAUGUUCCUAUUUAGUUACAAUGAUUAAGAAGUUCAUGAGAAUGAAGAUAAAGUCAUUAUAUAUAUAUCUUGACACCUUCAUCAUUAUGGGUCAUUCAGCUGAGGUAAUGAUAUUAAUAAAUUAAUAUAAUUGUUUGUUAGCUGUUUUAAGAAAUAUAUUGAAUUUCAAAACACUGAUCUCAGUUUUGUAUCAGUCUGAAUUAUUGCUGUGCUUCUGUCCUAUUUAAUUAUUUUCACAAAUUUCCAUCAGCAUUUUCUUAUCAUUCAAGUGUAGGAUCUCAUUCUUUGCUGAUGGUCUCUUAGUCAUGAACAUCUUCACUAACAGACAUAGACGAAAGUUGAGUUUUGUGUGUGUGCUGUAGAGGAAAGGUCAGGAAACAAUAUAGCCUAAAGUAAAGUUUGCUGUGCUAUAUAGGAAACAUCUGGAAAACUUAUAUAAGAUUAAUUUUUUCUCAAUGGUAAUGUCUAUACCUGUUCCUUGUUACUUAUCGUCUUAUUCAGAAGCGCCUUGCUCUCUCACAACGACAAUUUUUUCAAGUCCUCAUAGAUGACUGGCCAGGUUUUCAAGACACUUUCUCCUUAUGAUUAACUAGAAAUCUUGCUAAUCCAUCACCAGAACCAUAAAAAUACCCUUAAAAACACAAAUAUCUUUAACUAGAGCCUUUGGAAAUAGUCAUCGUGAGAGAGCAAAGUGUCUCUGAAUACAAGUGUUGGUAGGACGAGGUUUGCGCUGAACAGUAUGAGUUCAAAGUCUCUCCAGGAGCUUGUAGUGAGUCUGCCACAUGACCCUGAGAAGUGUGGAGGGAAGUACAUUGAUGUUUUGUCUCUUCCAGUCCGGUGAAGUGUUGCUUGUAGGUUAAACAAACUUGUGUACUGCAUCACCUCACUCUGAUCAGUUUUGAAUGAUGAUUCUGUUUGUGUUUUUUUCUUCUUGCUUUUUGGUAGAGCAUUCACAGUCUGUAUUAUUUUAUGUUAUUUGUUAUUUAUUAUCUAUUUUUAUCACUUUCUUUAUCUAUCUAAUCUCCAUAGGCCUGUAUCCAGUGUCUUGUUUUUACGAGCUCACUGCAUAAGGUGGCUGUAACAAAAAGACAGAUUUGGGUUAUUCAUCUUUUUUCAUUUCUCAUUGAGGGAGCAGUGGAGCUGAAAUGUGAAGGGUUUCCUGCUGUUGUGUAUUCAUGACAGUGGUUAGGCAUCAGCUGAGUUUAUUAGAGCACUACGCUAAACAGAUGACUCAGUGUGUGGGGUGACAACAUGCCACUCACACUCCGCCAUCCCUCGCUGCACUCUCCUCACUCUCAUAUAUAAAGUAUUGUAACAUAACAUAGAGAGGGAGUGUUAUGAAGCAAAACUGUUCCUCUCUGGUACUUUUUUUGGUAUUGUUAGUAUAGAUUAAAUACUAAUACUAUUCUUAUAAAGAGACUGAUUUCUUUCAAGUUCAAAAUAAUAAACCUGUCAGUUGUUUCAUGUUCACUAUUGACUUUGUGAACCAGAUACACCAGUGGCCAGCAAGUCAUUCAUUGCAACUCUCCACCGCUGCUGCUUUAUUUACCAGUGAUAGCAAAUUAAUUAGUUUAGGAGAGAUUGAGUAUUUUAAUGAGUUUAUAUUUUGGGGCAGCCUCUCAAGAUGCAAGUGACAGUCCUUCAGAUCACCAAACAUUGCACCAUUACAUAAGGAUAUAAUAUGGUAUGCUUUGUAUUAGUGAGGUUCAUAUACUGGUGUCCGAGCAGUACCUUUUCUGGUUACUGUUGUGUAAUGUCAUUGCUACUUCUCUUUCCUUCUCAAACUUUAUAUGUCAUAACUUGCAAUGAGGUGAUUUUAUUUUUGUGAUUGUGUGAGUGUUUAAUGGAUGUAUAAGAUGUGUGUGUUUGUGUGUGUGUGUGUAAGAUAUUCAAGGGAAAUUAUUAUAAUCACAUAUGAAGAAACAGUAUUGUGGACAGCACCUCAACAUAGAAGGGUGUAAUAAUGUCAUUGUUAUCACAGUACUGUCAACACUGAUGCUGAAUACAGCGAAUUUAAGCUGUAACAUUGAUUUGGUUAAGUAGGAUUCAGGAGUUAAAGUGCCAGAGAGAGAGAGAGAGAGAGAGAGAGAGAGAGAGGACACAAAUAGCUACAUAGGUUGAAUAAUAACAAGGAAAGAAGAAAACUGAUGGUAUGGAGAGACUAGUGAGAGGAAGACAAGGAUAAAGAAGCAAGAGAGAGAGAGAGAGAGAAUGAGAGAGGCAAACACUUACUCGAAUUGCAUAAAUGUGAAGCCAAGUGUAAACAGAAGGGUGGAAGUGGUAAUAGUUCAAUGGUGUAUGUUUGGGAAGUAUAGUGCCUGUGUAGAAAGUGCCUGAGAGAGAGAGAGAGAGAGAGAGGGAAUGAGAUAGGUAGAAGCAAAUUGUGUGACUAAAAAUGUUGUAGGGAAUUCGAAUAGGAAGUUGAAAGUAAGUGUGAGUAGAGAGCUUUGAUGGAAAAGUAUAAAACAAAGAGGUAAGGUUUUAGUCUGCCAGAAUUACAAUGAACUGUGAGCUGCACCUUUUUCUGUACCUGCUCAUUCUCCAGCAAGGUACGAGUAGAAUUAGUCCAAUUUCUAGACCGUGUUGUGAUGUACUAUUUUGAAACGAUGUAAUAUGAGUGUACUGUCACGGCUGUGUAUGUAGAUAAUGUUUUCUUCCUCCCGUUCAUUUGUAUUCUACCUGAUAAUUCACUUGACAGGACAGUAUUUCAAUUAUGCCACAGAAACAAUUUAAUCUGUUAACUGUCUCGUAUAUUUCUUACUUCUGGUCAGAAUGUUAUGAUGUCCAUGCGAUGUUUAAUGCUACACUCAUUUUUACAGUUUUGUGUAUGGUUUCAUGUGACGUAAUGAGUUUUAUUUUGAUGAGUUGUUUAGUGUCAAGGUGAUGUGAUUGUUUCUGAAUGGCCAACUGUUAUUGUGAAGUGGUGCAGGUGACACGGCCAGCACUCCUACCUGCUGCACAAUUUUAUAUGCUUGCUUUGAUUUUUGUGCACUGUUUUCUCAUUAACUUUUGAGUGCACCUAUGUUUGACAGGGAGCAACACCAUAUAUAUGUGUGUGUGUAUGUGUGUGUGUGUGUGUGUGUGUGUGUGUGUGUGUGUGGUCUUCCAGGUUUGUGUUUUAUUCAGCUCAUCAGUUUAAUAAUUUGUCCAGAAGAGGUAAUCAAAAUGAGUUAUUAUCUUCAUCAGGUUUGCUGGUAACUGUUCUUCUUAAGUAAUGAUGUAAUUGUUCUCUAUAUAUUAUUGUUAUGUUUACUUUUCAUGGUUAGGCAUUUCCAUCCAUAUUGUCAUUCCAGCUGGGCAGACGUCAUGUUGUUUUUUUAUCUUUUUAUUACAGAAGAGCAAAUUGUUUUAUUUCAUCACCACUUUUUGUAGAUGACAUUCUGCCUCAGCCAGAGUCUAAGGCAGGAGUGAGUCUUCAUAACACAAAUAGAUCAAUAUUUAUAAA